AAAGUGAACUAAAUUAGGCAUAUUGAAAUUGUGAAACAAAAGAGUAGAAAACAUUUUUGAAAAUGUGUGAUUAAAACGUAAGCAGAGUUUGACACAAACAUUUGAUUUAUCUUUCUGCUGUCUGCUGUCUGUGACUAGACAGCUGUGCAGCUGUUUCCUGUAGUCCUUAGACAGAAAAAGGGACUGUAGUUGUAAUUUCAAGUGAACUUCAUGUAGUCAGUUAUCCGAUUCACAACGAUUAAAUGAGAGCUGUUUAAUUUGUCUUCUGAAACUGGUUUUACAAUGGUUGAACGAUUUCACAAAGCGGCCCAGGAUGGCUACUUGGAUGUACUUCGAGAAGCAACAAGGAAGGAUUGCAACUCCAAGGAUGAGGAUGGUAUGACUCCGACCCUCUGGGCUGCUUUUGAAGGAAAUCUGGAUGCUCUGCGACUACUGGUUGGCAGAGGUGGAGAUCCAGAGAAAUGUGAUAACUACGGUAACACUGCCCUUCAUCUCUCAUCGGCCAAGGGACAUCUGAACUGUGUUACUUUCCUGGUUAAUUUUGGGGUUAAUAUCUGGGACUUAGAUAUAGACCUUCAUACAUCAAAGGAUUUAGCUGCUAUCAAUAGUAAAGAGGAAAUUCUUAAAUUCUUAGACAGCGCAGCAUCUCUCCAGGAGGCAAAUAAUGCAAAGCUGGUGAAAACACAACAAGAAAAAUCAAAGAAGGAAGCAGAAAAGAGAAUCAAAGCGUUUCAGAAGUUACAGCUUAAAGCAGAUAAGAUGUCCUCUAAAGAAGACGAGAAAAUGGAGAAAGAAAGACGAAGAAUGAGUCUUUUUCCUACUCAAGAUAUAGAAAGGCAACAGGAAAGGAGAUCUAGCUUGGGAGGGGCUCUCCUUUCUGGAUUAGGAACAGUUGGUAGACGGGACAGUAAAGUAAUGGCUCCUCCCCCUGGAACAGUAAGAUAUUCUGAGAUGGUUGGAGGCACAGUGAACUCCAAAAAGCUAAAGAGUGGAGUUUUCAAAAAGAUUGGACAGAAACCUAAUUCAGAGUUUACCGUCAAAGAUACCCAGUCUGACGGAAAACGUACUGUUCGAAGUUUGGCGGGUCUUCGGAGGGAUUCAGAGAUAAUUUUCAUGAAUAAAGAAAAUGAUGAUAUAGAUAGACUAGAACUAGAAGGAGAGAGCAAACCCAACAAAUAUCUAUCCGAACCCUCCAGUAUAUUCAACAGGCCUGGAUUUGGAAGUGUUGCAUUCAGGAACAGCAUUACAGCUUUCAAUGCAAUGCAUAUAAAGGAUGAGGAUGAUCGUAAGGAAGAUAGUAUAGGUAGUGCUGGUAGCCUGGCUCACCGAACAGACAGGAUGGCAGAGGUCUGGGAGGAAUCAGAUAUGUCGGAUGAAGAUGACCAAGAAUAUACUUCACUGCAAAUGUUUUUGGCUGCAACAGGUUUAGUGGAUUGGAUCCCGGCAUUCCUGAAAGAAAAAAUAGAUUUGGAUUCACUGAUGCUGCUGACAGAGCAGGACCUUGAAGGUGUACUGGGUAUGCCCCUGGGUCCAAGAAAGAAACUGAUGAAAGCUGUGAAUGAAAGAAAGGAUGCUCUUGACAAUCCCGAUGUUAUCAAAGACAGCAGACUGUAGAAACAAUUGUUUAACUGCAUAUUACACGGACUAUAUAUAUAUAUAUAUAAACAGAUAUUUCAUCCUCACAACACCAAGCACACCCUCACCUAAGCUAUAGGUGUGUACUACAGUGAUUUGCAGUACACUUACCAAAGAAAUAGUGGGGUUUAAUGGGGAGUGAUUGUAAUAAUUAUUUGAAACAAUC